ACAAGUUGGGGAAGAGAGAGAGGGGCGGUUGGUGACCUGUUUGCUUUAAAACUCUGGAGAAGAAACCUGUCCUCUACAUUUUGCAGCGCCAGCUAGGUAUUCCUCUGGAGCAUUGUUGGUAGUACAAGUCAAGAAGAAGCUCUCCUAAAUUCACAGAUUGUGGUGAACCUUAACUCCUCGCUUUCCUCGCAUUGCAUGCCCACCUUCACCUCUUUAUAUCCCAACAACAACAAGGAAUUGAUCGAGAGGCAAAUUAUAAAAUCUAAUCUAGGUAGCUCAAAUUCAGAUUAUUAUUAUAACUUGAGCUGUUGUCGAUGGAUAGUCUCUGCUUGAAGGCAGGGAUUCCGGGAAUAGCAACGCCUAUCGCCGCCGUCGGCGCCGCUGGAUUGGAUUUCCGUAUGAGUCAUAAUUCAACAUCCCAUAUUACUCCCUCUGCUGUUGGACGCCCUUCGGCGGCCUUGUCUGUGGACAAGCCCUCGCCUCCUCCUUGGGGUUUCUCUUUCCGGCAUCCGCUUAGAUCUCUGUGGCCCGGGAGUAGAAACCGCUUCGACGCCGUUGCGGUGGACGGCCCCCCCAUUUUGGUUGACGAUAAGGAAGACGCGGAGGAGCAGAAUGUCAAUUGGGUCAUGAAGAUCCUCCGCGUGCGAUCUCUGCGCAAGGAACAACAAGAAGAAGAUGAAGAUGAAGAUGAAGAAGCAAAAGCUGACGGAUCGGAAGACAGAAUUGGUGUUUCAGAGGACAACGAUUCAUGUAUUGGAGCUGAUGAUGGUGACUGCGAUGUCUGCGCUGUUGAUGAUGACGACGGCAAUAUAGAAUUCGACAGAGAUUCAUUUUCCAAACUUCUACGACGGGUGUCACUAGCGGAGGCUAGAUUAUAUGCUCAGAUGGCUCAUCUGGGAAGUUUGGCUUAUUCCAUAUCCCAGAUCAAGCCUGAGAAUCUUUUAAGACGCCAGCGAUUACGCUUCAUCACCUCAUCAUUGGAGAAGAAACAUCAUGCACUGAAAGCUGAGAAAGAAAGGGCAUUGGUGGAAGACCAGCUGAGAAAAGAGAAUGAAGUUGCUCAAACAAAUGAAACUGAGAGGGAUGCAGUGAAUCUGAAAGAAAAUGAAUCCGAUAAGAGCAGUGGAAAUAGAAAAAGUGCAUCUGCUGUAUACCAUAUAGCUGCCUCUGCUGCUUCAUACUUGCAUUCCCACACAACCAGCUUUCUGUCCAGGUCUCCAUUGAAUGGAGAUAUGCCUAAGAGGACCAUUGGAAGAGAUGAAGAUGUAGUAGAUGUGAUGAAUGAGGAAGUUGCUUCGCUACUGUCCAGUACUGAAUCGGUAACAUCCGUGGUUGCUGCAAAGGAGGAAGUAAAGCAGGCUGUUGCUGAUGAUCUGAACUCAACACGUUCGUCCCCGUGUGAGUGGUUUGCUUGUGAUGAUGAUCAAAGUGGAACGAGAUUUUUUGUCAUUCAGGGAUCUGAGACACUAGCAUCAUGGCAAGCCAAUCUUCUCUUUGAACCUGCUGAAUUUGAGGGUCUAGAUGUGCCUGUGCACAGAGGUAUUUACGAGGCUGCAAAAGGCAUGUAUGAACAGAUGCUGCCAGAAGUGCGUGCUCACAUUUCAUCCAGAGGUGAUGGUGCCAGAUUUCGUUUCACUGGACACUCCCUUGGAGGGAGUUUAUCAUUACUUUUAAAUCUGAUGCUGCUAAUAAGAGGCGAAGUUCCCCCACACGCUUUACUGCCCGUUAUAACUUUUGGUUCACCAUCAGUUAUGUGUGGAGGAGACCGCCUCCUCAGAAAACUUGGACUGCCUCAGAGUCAUGUCCAGUCAAUUACAAUGCAUCGAGACAUUGUACCCCGAGCCUUCUCUUGCAACUAUCCCAAUCAUGUUGCUGAAUUUCUUAAAGCUGUCAAUAGUAACUUCCGCAACCAUCCAUGUCUGGACAACCAGAAGGUGUUGUAUGCUCCAAUGGGAGAAUUUUUGAUUCUUCAACCAGAUGACAAGUUUUCUCCAAGCCAUCACCUGCUUCCUACGGGUUCAGGUCUGUAUCUACUAAGCUGUACAGCGGGUGAUGCCAGCAAGGCAGAGAAGCAAAUCCGAGCUGCUCAGUCGGUGUUCUUAAACUCCCCACACCCACUCGAGAUAUUGAGUGACCGUGCUGCAUAUGGGUCUGGAGGAACGGUUCAAAGAGACCAUGACAUGAGCUCAUACAUGAAAUCCAUCCGCAAUGUUAUCCAGAAAGAACUGAACCGCAUUAGGAAAGCCAAGAGAGCACAGCGGCGAAGAGUAUGGUGGCCGCUUGUGGCAGUAGACGGGAUCAAUGGUGGUAUUAUUUUCCGGAGGCCUGUUGUGUCUGGUAACAUGCGUAACGGGCAGUUCAACUUUGGUGGAAUGAUUCGAACUGGAAAAGAGUCAUUGAAACGGUUCAGCACGCUAGUUGCAUCCCAGCACAUGCAUUUGCUUGUGGUGCUUAUGCUCCCAGCACGCUUGUUGGUAUUAGGGACAUUCUCCGCCACUAAUACACUACAUUGAUUGAUUGAUUGAUUGUUGAAUGGAAUGGAAUGGAAGAUGAAUUAGAGGGAGGAUUCGUUAUUCAUUUAGUUGCUGAAGCAACAAAUGUUCCCUGGUUUUCAGAAGGGGAAUAUAAUGGUUGAUUAUACAUGAUGAUGAUUCUUGUCAUAUGUAAACUAGAAUUAGCCUUUGUUCAAUUUCAUGGAAAUCCGACAACUAUGUAUAUUAACUGUUACGUUGGAUGGAACCCAGAAGUGUUCCAACCGCAUAUAAAAUUACCAUUACUCUAUUUGUUUGGUUCUGUUGGAUAGUAUGUAAUGCUUUUUCCACAUUUAGGUUGGUUCCAA